CUCAAAAUGGAGUCUACAGAGUUUCGUGCGCGUUCUCGCGCUAUUAAAAUACACUUUUUUUUCGCUCGUAUCAAUUGUUCUAAUGGUUGAACGACUCUCUCCGCGAGAUUAUUAGACCGUAAAAAAAAAGAUUCAAGCAUUUUUUUCACAUGUACUCAAAGAGUCAUUCAGUCAGAAGUUUCGAAGUCUUUUUAUAUUUGACAGUUCGUAUACGCGCGUGUCUUAUUCGAUCUAUCUAUUUAUUCCGGUCAGCAUUUUCAAUCACUAUUUUUGCAGCUAUUGAAGCCGCACGGCUAUCAUAAUCAAACUGACAGCUCGUUACGUUUAAUUACUUUAAUAACGCUUGAUUAACCCGAGAAAUCAAGUCAUGGUAAUGUUUCGUAGCAGAUAAAAAAAUGGAUUGCAGUGAUCAAGUUCAAGAUUACGAGUGCUAUUCGUCAACUGGAAGCGAGCGAAUAAGAAAUGCAUGGGUCAAGGAUCGAAAAUUUUUUAAAUUCUCGUCAAUCCCUGAAGUGCACGAAAAUUUGAUAAAAUGUCAUUUCACUGUGGUUCUCGGGAGAGCGGAAUUUUGACAAUGAUUCAGUGAAUUCGACUGUUCGAAUAAAGAGGCCUCGUGUUUUUUGUUCCAACUGACAAGGUUAAAACAGUCAAAUGUGGAAAAAAAGUUCCUAUUUCGACGCAAUGGAAGAUUACACUCCAGUGGACGAGGACUUCCCGGGUCGUCUCUUGCACCAGGCGGCUCUGUGGGACAACGCGGAAUUGCUGGAAGAUUUGCUGCGCGGAGAACAUUCGCAAUAUACAAAUAGUCAGGAUUCCUGGGGGCGUACGCCGCUCCAUGCAGCAGCGAUAACAGAAAAUUCUCGUUGUCUGGGAGUCUUAUUGGGGUGUGGAGCGAAUCCUAACAUUGCGUGCGGUCCUCGUGGUCAAUACAGAACUCCGCUGCACGUUUGCGUGGAGCACGGUAACUGUUGGAACAUUGAAAAGUUGUUGGAGUACAAAGCCGAUCUGACAAUUCGUGAUGGGAACGGUUUAACACCGUCGGAUGUAGCGGCGAAGAGCGAAGAUGUUAAAUGCCUGGAAAUGUUGAAGAAAGCGGAGGAAACUUACGAAUUGGCCAGACAAGCUACACACUCGCGUCUUAGAGCGGCCUGUCUUCAAGGUGAUAUAGUAGCAGCUAGAAACAUCAUCCAAAGCUGCUCCGACGAUCUGGAAAGUAUAGUAAACAUGUCUUUGAACGGUGCGAAUACUCUGCUAUUUGUCGCAUGUGAAAUGGGCCAUCGGGACAUCGUUAGAUUAUUGUUGGAUCACGGGGCUGAUUGUCGAGCUCAUCAAGUAACGAAAUAUUGUCCUCUUUACAUAGCUUGUUACAACGGUAAACUGGAGAUCGUCGAGCUGCUGCUUCGUCACUUUCCCAAACAAAUACAAUCGACGACUGUGGAAAAAUGGUUACCGAUACACGCCGCAACUAUCAACGGACAUCACGCGGUCGUCGAUUAUCUCUUGAAGUUUGAUUAUCCAGCCCACGUCUGUCAGAGGUACAAAGAUCAGAGUGGCGAUUACGAGUACGAAAUGCCCUACGACGUAAACGCUCAAGAUGUCACGGGACAGAGCGUGCUUUACAUCGCCAGCGUGCUUGGCAAUAUUAAAAUAGUCGAAACUCUUCUUAACCACCGUGUGAAAUCACGCAAAAUCAAAGACGACGAGAGCACUGGAAACGGAAGUUCACAGCCUAUGCCAACGUCCAAAAGACGAAUUUCCAGUGGCAUUCAAAGGCUCAUGUCCAGUUUAAAUUUUCGUAGCAAAUCGAACGAUAGAAAAGACGAUAAUACGAUAAGCCCACUGAAUCUCGAUCUUUUUUGCAAUAACAACACGGAAACGGCUCUACACGCUGCCGUCAAAGCCGGACAUACCGAGGUCGUCGCUGCGCUUCUUCAAGCCGGUGCCAAUCCGAAUUUGCCGAUACGCCUCGUGAACGAGCUCGAUCCCGAAUCCAUCGACCUUACCGUGCUAACGAUAGCCUGUCACAACCGCGACGUUAAAAUCGCCGAUUUAUUACUCAAGCACGGAGCAGUCGACAACGAAUGCAAAGCACUGAAAAUCGCAGCGCAAAAUCGCGACGAGACUCUGACCGCUAAGUUACUCUCGACGAAAGCACACCCGGACUCCGAGUACAAAAUCAACAAGAAAGCAAUGACGGAAUCGACUCAAACUUCGCACUUUUCCGCACUCUCGAGCUUCGGUAACGUGACUUAUCCAUCCUUGUUCCCGAACACACCGACGAUGAUCAACUGGCACGACCAACAGUGCAGACUGUCGCAAAUCCGUUCGCAGUGGUUGAUCGACGCGGUUUUACACGUUAAUAAAAAGCUGAGCUCGAAGAACAACGAUCUCGCGUUGUACGCGAUAACGCGAAUCGACAUUUCUCAAAAUUCCAUAACUUCUGUGCCAUCCAUCAUUUUUUAUCUUCAAAGUUUGCGCUACUUGAACAUGGCACAGAACAAAAUCGAUGGGCUGAGCUGCGAGACGAAAAAUCCACGGGACAAGUUGGCCCCGGUGCUCGAGGAAAUGUAUUUGCAGGAUAAUCGUCUGGAGCAAUUGCCCGAAUUUCUGAUGAGCUUGCCGGCUCUGGAGAUAAUGGACGUGUCGAACAACAAACUCCAGUGUUUGCCGAACAGUCUUUGGCGCGCACCGAAGCUCAAGGAGCUCAACGCCUCGUUCAAUCUUCUUCGGGAUUUGCCGAGCCAGGUUUCUCAGAAUAUAACGCGCAAGUCCCAACGCGAAGAUUCGUUGAGCAACAGCCCGAGCUCGAGAAGCUUAGCCUCCCAGAUGACGCUACCGCGGGACGAUUCCGCGGAGUUCGAUUCGUUCACGAAACUGGCGAACGCUCAAGUCAUCGAAAUGGAACGUCCCCACGUGUGGACGAGCUCCGUUCGAGUUUCGGAGAAACACUCCGACGACGGCGAGCAGCCCGGUGCACGUUCAGUCUUGGCCUCUUUAAAUCUCGCUCACAAUCUUUUUACAGCUGUUCCAGUCGCUCUCCCGUGCCUCGCCGUGAGCCUCGUCAGACUCAACAUGGCUUACAACUCCCUCCGAUCGAUGAGUCACAUCACGUCUUAUCCGGCGAGUUUGAAGCAACUGGACCUUUCGAACAAUCAAAUAUCGUGCUGGCCGAGCCUGCCCCAAGUCGACGGAUCCGCGGACUCGAUGGAACAAGCGUCGACGGCUUGUUACUGCCCGGCGACCAACGUUCAGUCUCCGAUCGUGCCGAACAAUCGACAAACAACGACCUCCUUCCGCGACGUCGUUCUCAUGAGCGUUUGCACGCACAGACGACAUCUGAGGCUCGAAAAUCUGCGCACUCUCAUCCUCGCCAACAACAUGCUCACCCGGAUCCAGCUGACUUCGGUCGACGACGGUGAGUCGCCGAACCUGGAGGAGGAGAGCAUCGACCGGGACACCAAGAUCACCUGCACCGGCUCGAAGUUGUAUCUCCUCUUCCCCAACGUCAGUAUGCUCGACGUGAGCAACAACCAGCUGCGCGAGAUACCAUCGAACAUUUACGAGCUUUCGAAUCUCUCGGUACUCAAUACGAGCGGCAACAGCGAGAUCACCGAAUUGCCACCGCAAAUGGGUCUGCUCUCCCGUCUCUGGAACCUCAACACUCAGGGCUGCAGACUCCAGGAACCCUUGAAAUCUAUGAUCGAAUCGAAAAAGUACAAAACCAUGGACGUCGUCGGUUACUUGAAAUCGAUACUCGAAGAUGCCAAACCGUACGCUCGCAUGAAACUCAUGAUCGUCGGUAUCGCCGGAAUCGGUAAAACUAGUCUGUUGGAACAGUUGCGUCAGGAAGGCGAAGUUCCCAACAAAAAAAGAUCCUCCGAGCACUGGGCCAAGCGGAUGGGAAACAAGAACAUCAACUCUAAAACCGCUCGUGGGACGACCAUAUCCACCGUUGGAGUGGACAUCGGCGAUUGGGUUUACGAGAAAAAAGUACGCGGCCAAUCCUCCCACGGUCCUGUUUACUUCAGAACUUGGGACUUUGGCGGUCAGAAAGAAUAUUACGCGACUCAUCAAUAUUUCCUCUCGAAGCGAAGUCUCUAUCUCGUCGUGUGGAGAAUAACCGACGGUUUUAAAGGCGUCAACGAGAUAUUUCAGUGGCUCGUCAACAUACAGAGCCGGGCGCCAAAUUCGCCGGUAAUAAUCGUCGGCACCCAUUACGACGUGACGAACGAGCAGAGCGAGAUAUUCCAGCAGUACAUUCGUGACAAAUUCAUCAACGUAGUCGAUGCCGAAAAAUGCGGUUUGCCAAAAGUCAUGGAAACCAUUGAGAUCAGUUGUAAAACUCGUCACAAUAUGAAAAUGUUAUGCAAUUUAAUUUACGACGUUGUUUUCAGUUUGAGAUCCCCCGGGAGCAAAGAACUCUUGCUGGAGCAGCGCGUCCCCGCGAGUUAUUUGGCCCUGGAAGAUGUCGUCGUCCAAUUGGCACAAGAUCGGAAAUUGACGGGCUGCGAUCCGGUGUUGAAGGCCGAUCAGUACUACGCUGCGGUGAACAACGAGCUGGCCAAACUGCACCGCUCGUUUCGGGAUCCCGCUGAAUUGCAUCAGGCGACUCUGUUCCUCCACGAGAACGGAAUAAUCCUCCAUUACGACGAUGCGACCUUGAAGGAUCUUUACUUUCUGGAUCCUCAGUGGCUCUGCGACAUGUUGGCUCACGUUGUUACGAUAAGGGAAAUAAAUCCAUUCGCGAGGUCCGGUAUAAUGAAGCUCGACGACAUACAGCACGUGUUCAAAUCGUCGACGAUCUCGACGAUCGAUACCCAAGGCUACAUCGUAAGUUUGCUGAACAAAUUCGAGGUCGCCCUCACGUGGGACUACCGCACGCUUCUUAUACCGUCUUUGCUCCCGACCGAGGAUGACGUAUCGCGAAACAAUCAGCUGAUCAAGGUUCCCGUUAAAACGCGUGGCUGGCACGUCAGAUCGAAGAAAAUAACGUCGCCGAUGUUCUCCUAUCCGUCAGCGACCGGUGAUCGGGUCAAGACCGAGUGUGUACUGACCUCGAGAUCACAACCGGAUUGUUCCGUCACGAGAUUGCUCCUGAUGUCUUACUUCCCAAGCGGCUUUUGGUCGCGUCUAAUAACUCGCAUACUCGCGGAUGACGCGAUCGUCGAGAUAGUCAUGUCCUUUCUCGCUCCCUUCAAGGAUUUCGUCGACGACAAUAUAUUCGCGAGCCUUUUGGAUACUCACGCCGAGUGGAUCCUCUGGCAGACGGGCAUAGAGCUCCGUUACGCCGGCAUAACGUUGCUCAGACUCAAGGAAGUAAAUUGCGCUAAUAAAAAUUCUCCGUAUGAUUACAGGCAGUACAAAUUCAAGCUGAAACAGGACGGGAUUUGGUGCACGGUCGAUCUCAAAAAUUCAGCGAUUUUGGAAAUUUGGUUUCCCGUUGAUACUCUCGUCAUAAAGCAGCCGAUACUGUCCGACUCGCCGGACGACGAGCCGAUGGGUUACCAGGCGAUCGUCGUCGAGCCUAAGACCGAGAGCAUGCCACAAUUGCUCGCCCUCAUAGUCGACCACAUCGACAUACUCCUCGAGGAUUGGUAUCCGACCCUGGGCACCCGCUUCGUCCACACAUCCGAGGGCAAGUUAUUGGUGACGCGACUGAUCCCCUGUCCCCGGUGUUUGCUCAACAACGUCGAGGCUGAGACGUUCGCGAGUGACCAGGAGUCACACGCGAGCGAGGAGAUGAACCGGUGCUUCGUGAACCACGAGAGGCAGAGCCAGGACAGUUACAAAUCCGAUGGCGACAGCGGCGUCGGUUACGACAGCUCGCAGUCCAGUAGGAUGCCCUCCCUCGAGGGACACCCGGAUUUCACCAAGCAAUACUCGCACUCCGAAGAAAUACUCGCGUAUUCCUGGAUGGUGGAGGAAUGCAUUUUAUCGGCUUACAGCAACAAGACUAUAGCGUGUCCGAGGCACUCGGAGAUCCCUCUGUCACACGUCGCACCGGACAUAAUAUUCAUGGAUCUCGGUGCCAAGCAUCUCAUCAAGUCGGAGGACAUAAAACGUGGCAAAAUGCUGGGCCGCGGUGCCUUCGGUUUUGUUUUCAAGGGCACUUGCCGCCUGGCCGGAUCCUACGCGAGGGUCGACGUCGCCAUGAAGAUGUUGCAGCCCGUCCCACCAGGGCCGAACUCCAAACAAUCUGCGAUUCUCGCGUACAAAGCUGCUCAGAGCAAAUGGGAUCGUGACCCGCUCCAAUACGCGUGCAAGGCUUACUGCACGGCGAGACAGGAGCUCAACAUACUGCUCACCCUGAGACACGCGAACAUCGUUCCCCUCGUCGGCAUCGUCAUCAGUCCACUCGCCCUCGUCCUGGAUCUCGCACCCGAAGGGGCUCUCGACGUCGUGCUCAAAAACUAUCGACGCUCCGGUGCGAAACUCGACUCCUACACACUCCAGGCUAUCGUCCUCCAGGUCGCCAAGGCCGUUGAAUAUUUACACCAGCAACACGUUAUCUAUCGGGACCUCAAAUCGGAGAACGUUCUCGUCUGGCAGAUGCCGUUGCCCUUUCAAGACAAUCCGGAACAUCCGUGUCACGUCAAGGUCGCAGAUUAUGGAAUAUCCCGGCAAACUUUGCCCUCCGGUGCCAAGGGGUUCGGUGGCACCGAGGGCUUCAUGGCCCCUGAAAUCAUCAAGUACAACGGGGAAGAAGAGUACACGGAAAAAGUUGAUUCCUUUUCUUUCGGUAUGUUCGUAUACGAACUCGUCACACUGAGACAACCCUUCGAAGGCCACGAGGCCGUCAAGGAGUGCAUCCUCGAGGGCGGCCGACCCUCGCUCACUUAUCGCGAAACUCUUUAUCCCUCUUACGUUCUAGAUUUGAUGGUCAUCUGCUGGGCACAAAAUCCAAAGGAUCGUCCAACCGCCAGUCAAAUAGUCUCGAUCGCCUCGGCCCCGGAAUUCACGCAUCUCGUUGACGUGACUUUACUGACCGAGAGGACCCACGUCACCGCUAUAACGACCACGUCGAGGCCCCUCGACGACGGGGCGACCGGCGACGAAAUCUGGCUCGGACACAACAACGGCGAAGUCGACAUGCUCCUCGGCACUCAAAAGGGUUGGCUCCAGCACGUCAGAAUCGAAACUCCCGUCAUACCCUACGCUAUGUGCGGCUUGGACGGUUACGUCUGGAUCGGCGACAACGUUGGCCAGAUUCACGUUUAUCUUGGCAGCAAUUUCGGAUGCGUUGCCAGCUACAAUCUCGAGCCUGAUCACAGCAAGGAGUCCAAGGUCGUCGGGCUCGUCCACCUCGAACAACUCAAGCAAUUCGCCGUCGCUCUUCACAGCGGCAAAAUCUAUCUUCUUUCCAACACUUUCACGCAAAUGAAAAAGAGCGAAAUCGAAACCAGCGCUGACGACAACGUCAAAACUUACUCCCUCGCGGCCGUCCACAGGAGACGGAGAAUCGUCGAACUCUGGACCGGACAGAGCUUCGGUAAAAUUUCCAUUCACACACUCAAAGACGGUAAUCUCGUCGAUUCCAUCGAACUGUCUCAUACCACCGGAGAAACGGCGAGCAAAAAUUUAUUCGCUACUUACAUAUUGAGCGCUGAAAAUACCGUCCUCAGCUACACUUACCCCGGAUGCAUAGUCUACCAAUGGGACGUCGAAACGAGACAACUCAUCAAUAAACUCGACAUGUCGAAACUCGUGCCCUGCUCAGAGAGCCUCAAAUCCAUUUCUAUCGAGGAAAAUUUGACCACCGAAAGGUGUCAAGUCACCGCCCUCGAGGCCUGCUUCAAUCACAUCUACAUCGGCACCACCUGGGGAUGCGUCGCCGUCGCCGAAUGCAAUUCCCUCAGACCCAUCACCGUUUUUCGACCCUUCGAAGGCAAGGUCAGCCAAAUUAUCGCCUUCAAAUCCACCGACAAAAAGAAACUCGCACUCGCCACCGUUGGACAAGGCUACCGCAGCUUGAUCUCCAGAUACACCGAUUACCCCGUCGAUUCCUUGCUCGCCGAAGACCUCAGGCACAACAUGUACACCCUCCUAUGGAGGUCCGAACACUGGUCGGCUGCCUAAAGUUUCAAUUUCAAUCACAUUUUCACUCGUAUUUUUCCAAAAAUCAUUUUUAUUCAGUCAGAAUUUGAGCACUUUCUCCUUUACUUUCGCCUCUUUUUACAAACGCCUCAGGAAUUUUUAUUUUAUCUAAAAACAUUGUAAGUACUUUAUUGAGAAAGUUUUUUUUACUACGCACGCGAUCGAUGAUUAGCGAAUUUUGUUUUUUUCAAUCGUCACCAAUUUUAUUGUUCAAUUCUCCUGCUCGCCUAAUCUCGACGUUCCAUCGCUUCUCUUUAUUCUGUAAAUAGACCACGAACUCGAGAAUUUCUUAUUAACCGUAUUUAUAAAAAAUUCUUAUACAACAACAAGUAUUUAGAAUCGAUGGGAAAAAUUGUUGAUUGUUCAGCAUCGUCAUCGAAAGUUCAAGUUCGUAAAUACUCGAAGGUCUGUGAUAUAUCUUCGAUUUUUUUAGGAAUACCCAAUUGCUCAAAUUCUUGAUAAAUUUAUUAACGAACUCUGGGAAUGUACGAGUGACAGGUUCUCAAGACGAAAGUCGAGUUUUAUCAUGACAAUUCAGUUCUUUGCAAGGCUCAGGAUUUUUAAGGAUGUACGUGCGUGUCGUAUUAGUCAGGUGACAGUUUUUCUAUAUUUUUUUAAAGGCGAAUUACCUCGGUCAUUAACAUUAGCAGGAUAUCAGUAAAAAAACGUUAUCUUAAUUUUUUAAUCGUUAAUCAUUUUUAACUUGAACUCAUUGCAGAACAUAUUUCAUUCCGAGUCUCUCACAUGAUUCGAUAAGUACAUUGAGAAAAGGCAACGUUUGACAACGUUGAACGUAGUCAGUUGACGGAUCAGAGAUCACCAUGUAUAACCUUAAAAAGUGCAGCUGUCACUUCCAUCGACAAUAUCAUAUAGGUUGCUUUAUAUUUGACAAGUGACGUAUGGGCCUGCCAAAUUUCAAGAUUCUGUGACCAUUUGUCGUCUUCAACUCAAUAUUUCUAAUUCAGAUGGCCGUUGACCCCCCCCCCCCCCUUUUUUUUAACGUACCAUUAAAUUCUGCACGAUUCGAUUCAUAUAAAUAAUGGUUUUAAUCUUUGACAUCUAAUUUAAAAAUGUGUAUGAAAUUUUGAGUUGAAGAUGGUUGAAGGAGCCAGUGAGUCAUUGUGGCCAUAAGCGACGCGUUAAUUUCUGUACUUUUCGACCGUUGAUAGUUCAACGAAACGGUCGAUAAGGGGUCUUGAAAUUUCACAGGCAUAUAGAAAAGGAAUCUUGGAUUGUAAGGCAUAAAAAAAUGAGAGUGUGCUAUUUAAAAACAGCCCUCGCGCCUGUACAUCCUUAAAUCAAUAUUUUCGAGUUUUUCUUUCCUUCAAAAAGACUUUCCAUUAGAACGUGAGGUCGUUCGAUUAAUCGAACGAGGAGAAGCGAAAAUACUCGUAAAGUAGAUUUUAUAGAAUUUUUGUUCACGUCACGAUGAGACCGGAGCGAAAAAAUGGCGAGAUUUUCUAGCCGAUUGACGAAAGUGCAAAAAGACUUUGCCGAAAUCUCAGUGAGCAAUAUCUCGAGAAGUCGUGUCCCUUAGCGUAAGGAUAAAUAAUUAUAACUUGGCUUCCAGAAGAUGAUAAUAUUAAUAAGGCUUCGCAAACGAAUUCACACAGAGCUGGUGAAUUCAUUAUUUUAUAUCAUUCAUUGUCACAAAGAUUAAAUGUACCAAGAGUGCUUUAUGGUGCAAAAAGUACACUCGUAGGUACAAAAUUGUAUAGUAAACGUGAACUUUACGACGAGGAUUACAGAAAUGCAAUUUAAAUGAUAUGAAAUACGAAAAAAACGAACAAAAUAAUGUACGAAAUACGUCCAGAUCACACCACGGUCCAUACGAUUAUCGCAUUGAGGGAUUAGGGGAUUUUUAUAUUUUUUUCAAGUUAAUGAUUAUGGUCGAAAGAAAUUUCGAUGAAAGCUUCAAAUCGUAAAUUACUGAUAUCUUUCAAUAUUCCAAAGUUUAUGAAUAUUAUUUUCAAACUAUACAGAAAUCGAGAUAAAAAAACAUUCGCGAACGGGAAUUGAGUGAAACGUUGGAAAGACGAGAUUUUUUUGAGGUUAUGGCUCGUAAUCCCUCAAACUUAUUUUUCUUGCCUGCUAUUGGUUAUUAGUUCGCAUUGUAAAGAACGCUAGCGCAGGAACGUCAAAUGUUUUUGUUCGAUAUUUUGUUUAAGCGAUAAACGUUACUCACGGUGCUUUGAUCAAGUUUUUAAAGUAAUUGUCCACGAAAGAGACAAAAUAUUAAAUAGUUACGCGACAGGAUACGAAUUUUAGUUCUUCUAUAGUGCUACGAGAUUUUAUUUAUUAACGAUUGUGAGCUCCACCGAGAAGCGUUGCCUCGGUUCUUUAGCUCGUAUGAUCUCUUAUAAUUCUAGUUACGAAACAAGUUCAACAUUUUUUAUACUUCAAAUGAGAGCACGCUGAAUCGUGAAAAAGUAGGAAAUGAAAAAUAGUUUUGCUAUAGUCGUAAACGAAACUCAAAUACGGGUCAAAUGAAAAAUGUUAUAAAAGUUAAUAAAAAAAAAAAAAGGAAAAACGAAGGAUCGUUGACUACGAAUGAUGAGUGGGUGAGUAUCCCGAUACGUUAAUUGCCCGGAUAAAAAUUCGUAAAUAAAAAAUAAAGAAAAUUGAUUAAAGUAGAUUUAAGAAAGCGUCACUUUGCGUCCCAAGGAAAAGCUACAUUAAUAAUGUGAUAUGUAAUUCUAUAAAUAUGAAAUAAUUUAACUAAAAUCCAGUUCCAAUGACAUCCUUCGAAAAUCGGUGAAAUCUAAAUUUCCCCUUGCAACUGCGAGGGACCGAAAUUGUAAAUUUUUCGAAGCAACUGUAACCUCACUUUGGCGGUCAACAAAGUUUUUCAAUUUUUCGUAUAUUUUUUUGGCAGGGAAUUGCGAAUCGCAGUUCAUUUUAAUCGACCCAAAGUUUUGACGUCCAAUAUUUUUCGACUCACUAUCAUUUUAUGGCACAUUUACCUUGGAUAACCUUGGAGCAGCAAUUUUUCAUGUGUCACUUUGCAAAAUCCGAUUUUUCAACCGUUUCGAGUGCCCCGAAACAUGAGAAAAAGAAAUAUUACUUGAGAGCUGAUUAUGGCGUUGAUUUUUUUUUUCAUAUCCACUCAACACGAUAUUCAAGUGCACUCACACUCCUAUCAAUUGUUACUCGAAGUCCGCAUUGUCUCUGAUGCACUAAUCAAUCGCAGAAGAAAUUACGUAUUUUUUAGAAUAAAAUGUAGGAGAGUUUUGAGAUUUCGUGUGUGCUGAUCAAUCGGCACAUGAUUCUGCUUGUAGUCGCGUGGAUUCAUUUCUAUUUCGAUCGAAUAUAAUAUGUGAAUAUUUUUUACUCUCAUCCUUUUUCUAAUAGACUUUUCAGGUGAUUUUUUCCAAUUUAUAAAAAAUCAAGCGCGUAUAUUUGUGUACGAGAACCCACUAUUUGUUGUAUCGUUUGAAAUAUUGUUAUUACUAUCCAUUCGUACCUGUAUAUAUACAUAGACAUAAAUAUUAAAUUCACCCGCAAAACACGAAUAAUUAUUACCGAAAUCCCUAUUCGAAAGUGGUUGUUAAAUGUAUCGAUAUAUUGUCAAAUAUAACAAAAUCGUUGACAGAAAAACAAAAA